AACAUAUUCGUUGUAUUAAACCCAUUAAUUCCGGAUCAAUGUUCUACAAUUAUAAAAAGUAUUUUUCCAUUGUAUUAAUGGCUGUAGUGGACGCAGAGUAUAGUUUUAUUUCAAUCGAUGUCGGUGCAUAUGGUAAGGAGGGUGAUUCUACAAUUUUCAAAAAUUGUCCAUUCGGAAAAAAACUAUAUUCUGAACUAUUGAAUCUACCAGCACCUGUUGUUCUUCCAAAUACAGACAAUUUUCCUCAGCCUUUCGUGUUAAUUGGUGAUGAAGCUUUCGGACUACACAAAAAUCUUUUAAGACCAUACCCUGGACGAGGUCUCACACAAAAAAGAAAAAUUUUUAACUAUCGUCUAUCAAGAGCUCGAAGGUACGUAGAAUGCGCUUUUGGAAUACUCGCAAAUAAAUGGCGUGUUCUACAUAGUGCUAUUCUAGUUGAACCCGAUUUUGCAGACGACGUUAUAAAAGCAUGCUGUAUUUUACAUAAUUAUGUUAGACGAAGGGAUGGUUAUAAUUUCGAAGACACCCUCUCAAACUCUUUGGAAGACAUUCAAAAUGAAAAUAAUUCUGGAGCUCGUCAACAAGGAUUAGAUGUUCGAGAAUAUUUUGCUGAAUAUUUUAUGGAUGCAGGAGCAGUUCCGUUUCAAUAUCAAUUUGUUUGAUUUUUUUUUACUUCUAAGUUUUUUUUUUAAUAUAAUAUCAAAAUUA